AUGACCGUCUCCAACAAAUUCUCAUGGACUCGGUUCCGUGCUUUAUAUCCAGACCUCUCGCUCCUCCGUAGCUCUCUGUGGUCGGGGAAACUUCUUCUUGACGACUCAGUCCCACGCUCGCUUCUUUGGAAACUUUGUUUACUUUUUAACACUUAUGAUCAAACAAAAUGGUCUGCUAUCUUAAAUAAAGCUCGAGACGAAUACGCCGUGGAUAUUGCCCGGUUUGCUCCCAUGGGAUUAUUAGCAAAUACCCAGUCUUCAACCUCCUCCCAAUCAAAAUCAGCCCAAGACAUAUCCGACCCUCUUUCUGCAUCAUGGCCAUCUCAAAAUGUCUCCAGUGAAAAUGAAGACGAUGAAGAGCUUCGAGAUAUUAUCACAAAAGAUGUAGAGCGUACCUUCCCUGAACUCCAAUAUUUCCGCAAUCCAGAGGCCCAUUCUGCCCUCUUCAACAUUCUAUACAUCUAUGCUAAACGUCACCCAGACGAAGGCUAUCGCCAGGGCAUGCACGAGCUCGCUGGUCCAAUGCUUUGGGUUGUUCACAUUGACAUCCAAAAUAACUUUGACUCUGCAACUACUACCUGCUCCCAGUCUUAUCUCGAGGCUGACGCUUAUGCUCUUUUCGCUGCCCUCAUGGCUCAUGCUAGACAAUGGUACCUACCAGCUACUUCGGCCACCACUACGCCGGCUAUUGUGGCCAAAUCCGCGGCCAUUGAAGGCAUCUUGCUCAAAAUUACCGACCCGGAACUUUGCACGGCUCUCCGCGAAAACCAAAUCGAACCCCAAAUCUGGGGGCUCCGCUGGGUCCGCCUGCUGUUUGGCAGAGAGUUUGGAUUUCAAAAAACACUCUAUCUUUGGGAUGCUCUUUUUGCUGCAACUGACCCAACAAUCCCAGAACCUUCAAACUCUCCAUUCACCUUAAAAAGAGAUCAUGACGCUCUCAUGGCAAGCAUAGACGAUAAAAAAUGCAUCCCUUUAACCGUCCUUGUCGAUCUGGUAGCAACUGUCCUCCUUCUUCGCAUUUCCCCACAACUCUUAGCACCGGACUUACACACCUCGGAUCUUCUCAUCACAGUCCUCAACUACCCAUCUUCUUCUGUUGACAUAAAAACAAUGUAUUCAUUUGUCGCAAACGGCCUAUAUCUUGCUCGCUAUAUUUGCCCAACAGAUGGUCUGGCCCCUGGCCAUUUUGCCCGUGAUGCCGCUCGUGCAGCCGCAGACGCCGGCCACCACGUUACUCUACAAUACAAUGCACAUCUGCUGCCAGCAGUUGCACCACAAACUGGAGCUCUCGGUCUUCCUACUGGUGUUGCUGCAAACAUCGACUCACUUGUGGAUAAGGCCCGGCGCCGUGCUGCACAAGCUGCACGUGGACCUUGGGACGAUAUGGACCGUGCCAUGCGUGGAGCCUUUGCCCAAGUCAAAACUCAAGUCCGUACCCAGGCUGAACGCGCAAGAUCCAAAGGUAUUCAAGGAAAUUCCGCAGCUGCCGGGCUUAUGGGUAUACUUGGAAGUGUUACUGGAGCAGAUUCAGGAUCAUCAACACCAACAACACCUCGAAGUCUAUCAACAACCCAGGUUGCAGCUGCUGUGCUAAGCAAUGCGCUGGCAGUUUUUGAUUCCACAACACCUGUCAGUGAAAAUGAACGCAACACAGCCAUCGAAUAUGUACGGUUUGCAAGAGAUUUCCUUAAUUCUGCAACAACAAGUGGUGCAUCUAGCUUUUUCGGCGACGAGGCUACCGCCAGCCGGCGAAGAGAACGUGCGCGGGCCGCUCAAAAGUACCUUGUACCAAUUAUUGGCAAACCUUCAGAAACAUAUGACGUUGAAAUCCGGUCUAUUAGCUCGUCUUCGCCGUCAACAAGAUCAAGCAUUGAAGUUGGACGUCCAGAAAGCACAACCUCAAGCGGGCCUGACCCGGAACUAGAAAAUGUCGACCCACAAGCAGUGGCCGAAACUCCGUCAGUAAAAGAACUUGAGCCUCCAAGCACACCAGCUACAAAUCCUCCUCCACCACCACCACCAGAAGAAGAAGAAGAAGAAGAAGAAAACUCUAGCGAAGCUCCACUGCCCACAAAAGAAGCUUUGGAAAAAUCAGCCUCGCAACUGCUCUCACCCUCAACCCUAUCUCCGCCGCACCUCGUCCCUCCCAUUACACCGCCAGCCGGCUUUGCCGCACAAUCGUCGUCGUCGUCGUCACCCUCACGCUCCCGUAGCCCUGUCAAGUCUGCACAACCCACAGACUCGGUGCCUUUACUGGCGACCAAUAUUGUUGCAGUGGAUGCAGCCCCAGCACCUAUUCGUAUCCGCACGCGUGUGCGUAAGAAACCCGUCAUUGCUAUUACCAAUCACACACUUAACCAUCAUGUUACACCAACAGACGAAGCGCAUGAUUCUACCAGUCCGAGCCAAGCGCGCGAAAAACGUGCAAGUGGUGCAGGAUGCAGUACCACUGGCGGACAACAUGCGCGCACCACACUUGCAGAAAGUGAAUUUGCAUGGAUGCUGGGUGAUGCUUCUUUGAGCGACACAAAGGGAAGCACCAGCAGCACGACUGUGGCCGAAAAGGAUGAUGGAUUUAAAACCCGUAGUAGUAGGCCUGGUGUAAACCUAUUUGAUAUUUAA